ACGCUAUCCGAUUUGAACUGAAAAAAAAUUCGGGUCACCAGUUGCAACACAGUGGCAUGUCUUUUCGACGUGAGACUUGUAGAGAAUAACGAGUCACCAUGCAGAUCUUUGUGAAGACCCUGACGGGCAAGACCAUUACGUUGGAGGUAGAACCUUCCGACACCAUUGAGAAUGUCAAGGCCAAGAUACAAGACAAGGAGGGAAUUCCCCCCGACCAGCAGCGUUUGAUCUUUGCCGGCAAGCAGCUUGAGGACGGCCGCACACUGUCAGAUUACAACAUCCAAAAAGAAUCGACCCUCCAUCUUGUGCUGCGUCUGCGGGGUGGCAUCAUCGAGCCCAGCUUGAAGAUCCUGGCCAGCAAGUACAACUGCGACAAGAUGAUCUGCCGCAAGUGCUACGCCCGGCUGCACCCCCGCGCCACAAACUGUCGCAAGAAGAAGUGCGGCCACUCCAACAACCUCCGCCCCAAGAAGAAGCUGAAGUAAGCUGGGGGCAUCAACCUCCACCUCAGACGCUGGACCAGGGAAACUGUUACUACGGUGUCGUAUUGUCCCAGCAGCAGGCCUCUGAAGGGUUCUGUGACAAAAUAUGGAGAAAUGUCUUUAACAUUUCACUUGUAGACAGAAAGUUAUUCUUUGAGGGAGGCUACAUGAUAUCGUCACUAUUUUUGCAAAUAGUUUUCAAAACUUUAGCAUAAGCUGCAGCCUUUGAAAAUGGUGACGAUAUGAUUAAGUUCUCAAAUAAAAUGAAGGCAGAAUUUCUUUUCUGAAGCCUAGCCUAAGCAGAUUUAUAAAGAGUCCGGAUCUUAAUUCUGUCCAGUGCUAAAUAAAUACAUACACACCUGUUGUGUUGUAUCAGUGGAAGUAAAAUCUA